AUGUCCCUUGAAAAUGAUGUGAGUAGGGUCCGCAAAAUGCAAGUUGACCAUCGGUCACCAUCCAAAAAAUUGAAAAUCGUCGAAAGAUACGCCAUGUAUUCGACAUCCAACACCGAUCCAGCCCAUAAUGCCAAAAUGUCAUACAAUAGACGUAUGAACCACCUCGAAUCCGAGAUCAGAAAGAGAAACGAAGAAUUGGAGGAGAUCCACACCAGCUCACUAGACUACCGUGCUAAUAAUGACAAGUUGGAGUUCAACAAUUGCGAGUUGGAGGACGAUGUCAAUGAACUUAAUCGAGAACUCCAACUUUCAAAUGAGAGUAUCAAGAAUCUCCAUGAAAUGGAACAAGAAUCGUUGCAGUCAAUCAAAAACAUGUUUGAAGAGAAGAAGAAGCUAAUGCUUGUUCAGCAUGAAGAGUCGCUCAUGAAAAUGAAGGAGUCCACCAGUGAUGAAAUCAAGGCUGCGUUUGAAGCUUCUAAGGAAAAGCUUGUCAAGAAGAACACUCUUCUUGAAGAGGAAAUCCUGACACUUUCAAAGAAUAUUCAGACGCACACCUCGGAAAUGAAUAGGAAACUCAUAAAACUAAAGGAAGACCAUCACAAGAAGUUGCUACUGCUAACUUCCAAUUUGAAUGAUAUGCUGACUGAACUUGAGCACGACUCUUACCUCUUGGAGAAGGAAAUCGACAAGAAGUCUCACGAAAUUGACGCUUUGAGGGCUUUAAUAGUGGGCGAAUUAGACCAGAAGACAUCAUCUUUGCACGAGAAUUUAUCGUCAUUAAAAGUCAAGUAUGCCAAUAAAGAGAGCGAGCUUGCAAGUCUCAGCUCGAGGAUAGUUGCUGCCCGCCAGAGAAUUGAGCAACUUCAAUCGACGUUUGUCUCAAAAAUGGAGAAAAUCAAGUCAUACCAGGUUUCUGCGUCAGAGAUGAAGAGCAUGUUUCCUUCUUUGGAACAGCAACGCAGAACUUUACACAAUCAUUUGCAAGAGUUAAAGGGAAACAUUCGAGUAUUCUGUCGAGUUCGUCCACGGUUGGAAUUUGAAGAACCUGAUGAAAUUGAGAUGCUGUUGGAGGAAACCUUAAAUGAAAGCGGAAAGCAGAACCUUGUUAUUGCCAGGGACGGCGAUUCGACCCAAGAUUUAUACAGGGGUUCCAGCAGAGGAAAGACUAGUAAUCACCAAUUCCAAUUCGAUCAGGUUUUCGAACAGUCCAUUGGUAACAACGAGAUUUUUUCUGAGAUCUCUCAGCUCAUUCAGUCUAGUUUGGAUGGAUACAAUGUUUGCGUUUUUGCUUACGGCCAGACAGGUUCCGGUAAAACAUUUACAAUGGCUAACGAAGGUGACGGCAUGAUUCCUUUAUCGUUGAAAAAGAUAUAUGAGGAUAUUGCCAAUUUGAAGGAACAUGGAUGGAGGCACGAAAUCACUGGCCAGUUUGUAGAGAUCUACAACGAGCAAAUUAUUGACUUGCUUUCUGGAUCCAAUACUGCCCAAAAACAUGAAAUCAAACACGAUGAGGAGGCAGGAAUUACUACUAUCACCAAUGUCACCAACGUCGGAAUGCCAACUGAAGAAGAUGCACUUGAAACUCUUCACAGGGCAACCAAGAGGAGAUCAACAGCUUCCACGAAAGCUAACGAACGCUCGUCGAGAUCGCAUUCGGUGUUCAUCAUCAGUAUUAACGGAAAACAUUCAGAACUGGGUAAAGAAAGUCGAGGUACUCUCAACUUGAUUGACCUCGCAGGUUCAGAAAGACUCAAUCACUCUCAGGCAAAGGGGGAUCGUCUUAAGGAAACACAGGCUAUUAACAAAUCCCUUUCCAGUUUAGGAGAUGUGAUACAUAACUUGACCAAGCAACAGGCUCUGGGAGCCUCUUCUGCACAUAUUCCCUACCGGAAUUCUAAAUUGACAUACUUGCUUAAGAAUAGUUUGGGCGGAGACUCCAAAACUCUUAUGUUUGUCAACAUUUCGCCUCUUACGAAAAAUUAUAAUGAAACAGUCAACUCACUCAGGUUUGCUACAAAGGUCAACAACACCAAAUUAGCUUAG